UUCUCUUACUGUAGUUUGCUGGGACUUUAUCAGAUGGUUUGGGAAAGACGAUGGAUAAUCGACAUCAAACUGAACGAGAGUACAUUCGAUACCAUGGCGCAACCAGUGGAGAACAUCUAAUAGCAGGGAUCCAUGGACUUGCUCAUGGAAUCAUUGGUGGAUUAACAAGUGUAAUAACCUCAACAGUAGAAGGUGUCAAAACUGAAGGAGGAGUCAGUGGUUUCAUAUCAGGCCUUGGGAAAGGGCUGGUUGGCACAGUAACCAAACCAAUGGCUGGUGCCCUUGAUUUUGCUUCUGAAACAGCGCAGGCAGUGAGAGACACUGCAACUCUUAGUGGCCCCAGGUCAGUGAAUGCUUUUCAUUUCUAAUCAUAAUAAAGUGUCUACAAAAGCAUAUUGCAAUACCUUCUGCAAUUUUGUAAUGGAUUUUGUUUCCUAGCCCAAAGGAAUUGUAAUUUUAUAAUUAUUACUUUGUAUUAUUAGUUUUGCUUCUAGUUGAUUUAAUUAGAUCCUUUUUGAAAUGCUGCAUUUAAUUACCUCCUUUUUGAAAUACUGCAUUUGUAGACUAACUAAUAUGGCCUUUUGUACUAGUAAAAUUGGUACAGAAAAGCUACAGUGUAAUAUAGGAGAUUCUCAUUACUAAGAACAUAAGAAUGGCCAUACUGGGUCAGACCAAAGGUCCAUCUAGCCCAGUAUCCUAUCUUCCAACUGUGGC